AUGAACUGGUUCAAGCAAACGUUGGCCAAUGUUGCCGGCACUCAAGAACCCAUCUAUGGCCCGAGCGCCAUCCAGUCAGUCGCGGCACAGGCACACGGACAGCCAACCUCAUACCACGAAUUGACAAAGGAUGACUUGCGAUGGAAGGCAAUGCAAUCUACUUGCGUGGAGACCCAGACCUUCUAUCUCUUCUCAGAUAAUGGAGAUAUCGCCAUGCUCCAGGUUAUUUAUAGCAAUGUCGCCGGAAUCCACACGACCUGCCAUUUCAACUCCAAGAUCUAUGCCACGGACGGCAAGUCGGAACAUAGGUGGUGUUCGGACUCCAUCCACGAUUACAUGUUCGACGAGGACAUGCUCUCCUUUGGCGGAGAAAAUAUUGCCCUCACCCUCAAUGCUGAAGGUGACACUUACACCAUCAAAUCAGCCAUGAAUCCCGAUAGCUUGGUCAACGUCACUCUGAAACGGACCGCCCCCGGUUUCGCCGCCGGAAGAGAUGGCACCUCAUACUUUGGCACGGAUCCAAAAAAUCCGUGGGGUAGCAUGCGCCAUGUCUUUUGGCCACAAUGCCAGGUCGAGGGCAUUAUUAUUUCUCCGGAGAGGGAGAUUGAUUUCAGAGGCCGCGGGGUGUUUAUCCAUGCCCUCCAAGGCAUGAAACCCCAUCAUCUUGCUGCACGGUGGAAUUUUGGAACUUUCCAAUCUCCAACAUAUUCUGCCGUGUUCAUGGAGUUCACAACCCCCCCUUCGUACGGAUCUACUGUUGUGAGUGUUGGCGGCGUCGUGAAGGACGGCGAGAUCGUAUGUGCUGGACCGGUGCAACCUGCUGUCCAUCUCGAAUCCGAAGAAGACGACUAUACGUCCUGGCCUCAACCUAAGUCGGUCAGGCUCACCUGGGAUGGAAAGACAAAGGACGGUAAACCCAUCAGUGCCGUUUUGGAGGGUUCUCUAGGCCGGCGUCUUGAUCGUGUCGAUGUUAUGGCAGAGGUUCCAGGGAUUAUAAAAUCCAUAGCUGGAAGCGUUGCAGGAACGAAACCAUACAUUUUUCAGUAUGCUCCCCAAGACAAGCUCCCACUGAAAGUUCGCAUUGGGGACUCAGAAGAGAGUGAGCAUGGCACUCUCUAUCUGGAAGCAACUUUUAUUUCUUAA